AUGCAUAUCCAGGCACUUUCACUAUUUGCCCUUUGGCUGCCUCUUGCGGUGGAAGGAUGUGGGAAGGACCACCGCCUUCGAAGAUCCUUCGACCCCGGUGAUCCGCUCCUUGUGAAACGCGACAGACCACAGUAUCCUCCUCGUCUGACGAAGCAAGAAUCGGUCCUGAUCAACAGCUUCAACAAUGCCUCCAUUAGCGAUUGGUCGUAUUAUUACACCCAUGGAGCCCAUCUGGCGGGUAAAAACCGCACCAUGGCCCAAUGGACCGCUGACAGGUGGGCUGAAUAUGGCUUGACGUCCUCAGUCGUGCCGUACUCGGUUUUCAUCAACUACCCGGAGUCACAAGCCCUGUCACUUUCGUAUGCGAACGGGACCAAGUGGAAGGCGAGCUUGGAGGAGGACGUGUUGCCGGAGGACGAUACGUCAAGCUAUCCCAACCGCAUUCCAGUUUUCCACGGAUAUUCCGCCACGGGAGAUGUUACGGCGGAAUAUGUCUAUGUUGGCCGCGGACAGAAGGGUGAUUUUGACCGCCUCGUAGAAUUAGGAGUUGACCUCAAAGGGAAGAUUGCGCUUGCUCGAUAUGGCGGCCCUUUCCGAGGAGUCAAGGUGAAGAAUGCUCAGGACUAUGAGAUGAUCGGCUGCGUCAUCUUCACUGAUCCCGGCGAUGAUGGAGAAGUGACGGAGGCGAACGGUUAUGCUGCUUAUCCUCAUGGUCCAGCACGAAAUCCAACAUCCGUACAACGAGGAUCCGUCCAAUUCCUGUCAUACUUCCCAGGUGAUCCCACUACUCCAGGUUAUCCGUCGAAAGCAGACGCUCCCCGCAAAGACACGACCGAUGCAGUGCCUAAGAUCCCAUCCCUCCCCAUCUCAUGGAAAGAAGCCGUUCCAAUCCUCGCUGCUCUGGACGGCCAUGGCAUUCCCGGCAAGGAGGUCAACCGCACCCGGUGGGUUGGCGGGCUCAAUGUUACCUAUUCGACUGGACCGGCUCUAGGGACGAAACUCUCCUUGAAAAACUCCAUGCGUGAAACCAUCACGCCCAUCUGGAACGCAGUGGGGAUUAUCAAUGGAACAAGCCCAGACGAAGUUAUUGUUAUUGGCAACCAUCGUGACGCGUGGAUAGUCGGUGGUGCUGCAGACCCCAAUUCUGGAUCAGCAGUCAUGAUUGAAUUGGCAAAGGCCUUUAAUGAGUUGAAAAAGACCGGAUGGAAGCCUAAGCGCACGAUCGUCAUGUGUUCCUGGGACGGUGAAGAAUACGGGCUUCUAGGAUCAGUAGAAUGGGUCGAAGAAUACCUUCCCUGGUUGAAAGCCGCCACAGUGGCAUAUCUCAAUGUUGACAUUGCCGUGUCUGGUCCCAUUCCAUCCUUCGAUGCCACUCCGCAACUCCACCAACUUGGAAUAGAAUCUAUGAAGAAGAUCCGCUAUUCCGUCAAAGGGUCCAAGGAUACCACGUUAUUUGAUAUUUGGAACUCAACUAGUGGACGGAUUGGCGUGCUUGGAAGCGGCUCUGACUACACGGCUUUUGUCCAUAAUGGCAUUCCUGCAGCUGAUCUCGGCGCGUACGAGGGUGAUAGCGACCCCGUCUAUCAUUACCAUUCCAAUUACGACUCGUACCACUGGAUGGCCAACUUUGGCGACCCUGGGUUCAAAACCCACGUUGCAAUCGGUCAAUUUAUGGGCAUGAUGGCGUAUCACCUGGCGACCGACGAGCUGGUUCCUUUCGAUGUCAACAAUUACCCGAAACAAUUAAACAUCUACCUUGACAACCUCAAGGCCCUCGCGAGGGAAUCGAACGUCCAGCUUGACUUGUCCAAACUUGAACAUUCGAUCCAGGCAUUGACAACAGCGGCGAAGCUGCUGACAGCAACCAAGAAAGUGGCAAAAUUCACCCACGACAAGCGUCUGAUGGACCUUGUGAAUCACAAACAGAGAGAUCUUGAGCGAGCAUUUGUGAGCCAGGGUGGUUUGCCCGAUAGAGAGUUUUAUAAACAUGUCAUCUAUGCUCCUGGUCAAGAUACAGGAUAUGCGCCGACUACUUUCCCAGGUGUCACAGAGGCCAUUCAGUUUGGUGCGAACCAGAAACUCGCACAGGAAUGGGUUGACAAGACUAGCAAAGCAAUAUUCCUUGCUGCAAGGACAUUGACCCCAUGGGGUGGAAAGUGGUGA